CUCUCUUCUUCACACUUCACUCUUCACUCUGUUAUCUGACGCCGCCAGAUCUCAGAUUCUCACACUCUUCACAAUGCACCACCAUCUCCGUCCGGCUAUGCUGCCGGUUCUCGCGGCGGCGUUCCUCCUCCUCGUCACCCUUUCCCAAGCGCACAACAUCACCCGCAUUCUCGCCCAGCACCCGGAGUUCUCCACUUUCAAUCACUACCUCACCCUCACGCACCUCGCCCCCGAAAUCAACGGAAGAACCACCAUCACCGUCUGCGCCGUCGACAACUCCGCCAUGGAUGACCUCCUCUCCAAGCACCCCUCCAUCUACACCGUCAAAAACAUCCUCUCCCUCCACGUCCUCCUCGACUAUUUCGGCGCCAAGAAGCUCCACCAGAUCACGAAUGGCACAGCGCUCGCCGCCACCAUGUACCAGGCCACCGGCACCGCCCCGGGCUCAGCCGGCUUCGUCAACAUCACCGACCUCCACGGCGGUAAGGUCGGAUUCGGCGCCGAAAACAACGACGGAACCCUGACCUCCACCUUCGUGAAAUCCGUGGAAGAAAUCCCUUACAACAUCUCCGUUAUUCAGAUCAGCAAAAUUCUUCCCUCGGCUGCAGCGGAAGCCCCUGCACCCGCGCCGGCGCAGCAAAACCUCACCAGCAUUAUGUCCAAACACGGUUGCAAAGUCUUCGCCGACACUCUUUCUAACUUUAGCGACGCACUUUCCACCUUCAACGACAACCUCGACGGUGGAUUAACUGUUUUCUGCCCCCUCGACGACGCCUUCAAAGCGUUCCUCCCCAAAUUCAAAAACCUAACCGCUUCUGGCAAACUAGCGCUUCUCGAAUUCCAUGGCGUGCCGGUGUACCAAUCCCUUGCUACGCUGAAAUCGAACAAUGGACUUCAGAACACCUUGGCCACCGACGGAGCUAACAAAUUCGAUUUCACAGUACAAAACGACGGCGAAGAUGUCACUCUCAAGACGAGGCUCACCACGGCUAAGAUCACCGACACCAUAAUCGAUGAACAGCCUCUCGCGGUUUUCGCCAUCAGUAAGGUGCUUCUCCCUAAGGAGUUGUUCAAGGGUGAGGCGCUUGCUCCGGCGCCUGCCCCGGAGCCUUCUGCUGCCGACGCUCCUGCGCCAGCGAAGAAGGGGAAGAAGAAGAAGAAGGCUGCUGAUGCACCUGCUGCGGAUGCGAAUUCCGACGCGCCGGCGGACUCACCCGGGGACGCCGCCGAUGACACCGCUGACGACAGUAACGGCGCCGUUAGCGGCGGGAGUUAUGGUAAUGUUGUUGUUGCCUUGGGUUUGGUUUUGGGGUUACCGUUAGUGCUGUGAUGUGACCUUGUUUUUUUUAAAAAAAAAGGCUUUUUAGGAUUUUCUUUUUCUCUUUUGUUUUUGAAGGUAGGAAAUAAGGGGAUUCGAAGUGGUACUCCUUUUUUUCUAUCUUUUUUUUUUGGUGUGUUUUAAUAUUUUUAUUUGAUUAUUAUUGUAUUUCAUAUUGUUGUAAUUUUGGUGAUGAGAGAAUGGAAAAUUGAUAGAUUGUUAUGAAUGUUACAACGUAAACAUUCGUUUAAUUUUGUCCAAUGAGCAUGAUAUAUGGUGGCAUUAUUCACGAUAAUGUAGAUGUUCAAUGUUCAUCCUUA